AUGUGGCGACUAUUCAACUGGUCCGCCAGUACAACAGAGAAACAAUCCCCAAGGGGUCUACCUGCAUCAUGGUAUCGCUCUGAAGCCAUGUACCAGCUGGAGCGACGAGCCAUAUUUUCAAAAAGAUGGCUUCUCCUUACCCAUUCUAGUCGGUUCUCAAAAGCCGGCGACUUCCUUUCGUUCACUGUCGCAAAAAUAUCGUUCUUUUUAGUCCAAGACCGCGACGGGAAUAUCAAUGGAUUCCAUAAUUUAUGUCGGCACCGUGCGUUCCCUGUGGUCCAAUCGAGCUCGGGAUCAGCUUCAAUCUUAAGCUGUCAAUACCAUGGCUGGUCUUAUGGUCUCAAAGGAAACCUCGCAAAGGCACCUCGCUUUGAGGCCGUUCCGGAGUUUGACAAAAGCCAACAGGGGCUUCUCCCAAUAAAUGUACACAUAGAUAAAGCUGGAUUUGUUUGGGUCAAUCUGCAAGCAGGCGAGCCGGAGAUAAAAUGGGAAGACGAGUACCAACGAAUCGAUGAGCAGCCGAGAAUGCAAGACUUUGAUUUUGCUGGGGAAUAUACCUUCGAUCAUGUCUGGGAGAUGGAUGUUGAUGCAAAUUGGAAGGGACUGAUUGAAAACUAUAACGAAUGCUAUCAUUGCGCCACAUCACAUCCGCUUAUUAGUGGAGUGUCGGAUUUACCGCGAUAUCGCGUCGAGCCAAACGCCGGAUAUAUGGAACACCAUAUCUUCAAUAAGGAGCAGAUUGAUAGUCAGUUUCGUCGAGCUAUCACAUACUUCUUCCCUACCACUUCUAUUACCGUAACCGACAAGUUCUUUUAUAUUCAACGCAUGAUUCCACUAACCGCGACAACGAGUAAGGUUGAAAAUGAAGUGUACCGGCAUAAAGACGCCUCAGACGAGGAGUUUGAGAAUAUAAACGCAUUUUAUAAACAAGUUUUGGAUGAGGAUAAAGACCUAUGCGUUGGUUCACAGAAUAAUAUCAACGGUGGAGUUUUCACAAAUGGGGAACUUCAUCCAAACAAGGAAAAAGGUCCAAUCUAUUUUCAGAAUAGUGUACGAGAGAUGGUCAUGGAGCAUCGAAAGAAAGAGGAACUGCAAGGGGGCUUAGAGAUUUGGCCUGCUGUACCGAAGCUUGCUGAAGGCAUGACACGAAAGUUUAUGGAAGAAGAUCAAUUCUGCUCAAAGCUGGAGGCUACUAGCUCCGCAAAUGAACGGACUGCGUAA